AUGUGGUACCAAAUUAUAACAAUCACUACACUAGCCAUAACAUCGGAUUGUCACACACCAAAAAACAACUCCGACGUUAUAGUGACGUACGCUGGCCACGCCGAAGCGAACGUCGAAACCAAAUUUGAGCCGAAACCGAUACCCGAGAAACCAGAAACCACAUCUACAACCGAACAUGUAAAAAUAAUGAUACCAGAGUCUUACACUGCUGAAACCACACCGUUCUUCGAAGAUGAUACGGAGAGUGUAGUUUUUGUGCCGAAUGAGAAACCAGUGUUUCGGAAUGAUGAUUAUAGAGCUGAUAGGAUGAGUAUUGGUGACAUUGUGAUGAGGAAAAGUGUGGGAGACAUACUGAGUGAUAAGAAUAUUCGGGUUGCUUCUGAAUCGCCAAACGAACAAAUUCUGUUUAUCUCUGGGAAAAACAGCGAACACGCGGACAACACUAGAAGAAAAGAGACAGCUUAUGAACCUCGAACGAGUGCGAAAGAGACGAAAAAGAUCGGCCUGGACUGCUCUAACCUGGACUGUAAUAACACUCUGAAAUCCGUGUGUGGAGGCAAAAUGGAGCAUAAGACUUGGAGAUACAGGCUAUUUUUGAACGAAUGCUACUUCAGGAAGGUUAACUGCGGGUUCAAAUAUGAAGUUAAUCGUUUCCGUGUAAUGCCGGACGAACUCUGCAAGCCAAUAGGGUCGCACCACUCGGAACGGCCGUUUGUGUACAACCCACCGCUACCGAUUCUACCGGUAGAAAAACCGGUACCGGUUGUGAUGAGACGCAGUCCGUCUUCUAGAAGAUCCCUAAACCUGGAAAUAGACGGCAGUUUUUGCUCCCAUCCUUGCCCUACAACUUGUCCUGAUGACUACUCUCCUGAAUGUGCUGUGACCACCAAAGGACAAAGGAAGAUGUUUGUGAACCACUGCAAAUUGGACUUCAACUCCUGUUCUUAUGGCACCGUAUGGCACAGGCGCCCUCUUUCGGAGUGCGUGGGCAACAAAAAGGCGGACUUACGGCAGAACCGCGCUUUCAUCGGCUGGAUGCAGCGCAUCGGCAUCGUCGACAGCAAAGGCCGGCUGGUCAUGGCUUAA